UUUCAGUUUCCUACAUUGGACAAGUGAAGUGUGGCAGCUGCUCACUGACACAAUGGAACAAGUUGACAUUUGGGCGCCCAUCCUGGCCGAUCCUCUUCCAAGCCAACAGGCGGAGAUUAAAGUGCACUCAACAUAUGUGGAUUAUGGCACCAUGGACUUUCAAGCACUCUUAGAAGGACCCCAUGAUUUGGAUAGAUGGCUGAAAGGUGCAUUCAUUCCUACUUAUAUAAAGGAAGCGAAUUUAACUCAUGAGGCAAGAUUUUCGCACAUCCAAAAGUACAAACUUGCAAAUAAAUGAACAUGGCAAAUGGCAUUGAAAAUCUGUUUCAUCAUUGUAGAUUGAAUGUAAAUUUUAUUCACCAAAUAGUGAUCAUGGCAUGCCAAUACAAACACCUAUGCCUGCUCCACUGGAGGCGUUGCCUGAGAAAGAGGAGGCCCCUACCACCACAACUCUCAACGGUGGAGGAGGAGAGGAGGAGAUGAGAGAGGGGGGAGGGGCCAUGUACCCGCUGCCUUGUCGCCGGAGAAACACAAGGCAUGCGGCCACCGCCACACCGCCGGAGGAGGGGACCUGCGAUCUACUAGAUUACAUACCAAAAAGUGGUUGGUGGCAUGGAAGUCGUGUGAGAAGUGCACGUGAGAGAGGAACAUGGUCGAUAAACAUAGAACCAUGCUCCCGGGACUUGUGUUCUGCAAGUGAAGGCCAAAAACAUGGGCGCAGAAGAAACAAUGACCAUUGGACAUCUGAAGAGGUGAAAGAACUAGUGGACGGCCUAUCUGUAUAUGGGGUUGGACCAUGGGCUAAGUUGAAGAACAAAAGGUUUCCAAUAUCAGUUCGAACGGCGGAGCAUCUUAAGGAUAAGUGGAGAAAUCUAGUGAAAGCCUUCACGGGAAAUGUGAAAAGAAGGAUCUCGCCUCGUCUAGAUAAGGAUUGCGUCGAAAAGAUCAAGAGGCUAGCAGCUGAUUACCCUCGAAAAUGAAGUUGCACCCGUGAGUGCUACACGGAACAUCAUACAGUACUUUCGGUGCAGCAGUGAUCAGCAGCAAGAGUUCUGCUAUUUUUCUAGUAGAACUGUGAAGCAUAGGCUGUCAUAUUAAGUGUGUCGUGAGUAGAGAGUAGAUUGAACCAUCUGGAUGGAGCAGCUUCUAUCUUCUGCCUAACUGCCCCAUGAAUGGGAAUAGCGCCAUAGUUUUAAAUAGCGCGCUAAGCAUCUUAGCGGCGGACCUCUUCCAAAUGCUAUAGCGUGC